AUGGGGUCAUACAUCAUCAUGUUGAUUGAGGAGGGCGGCAUCGCAACAGCAGCAGGGGGGGCAGAGGACAAACUGAAUGCAGACACAUCAGCCGGCAGAAGGGAUAACACCUCACUGCAGGGCACAGCAACUUCCACUGUGACUGCAAGAGAAGCAGAAGAAGAUGUGACAAUGAGAGCAGUGCUCUCACAGCUCAUUGACAUCACUGCCUUCAAUCUGGCUUUCUUAACAGUCACAGAGGCUGCCGCUGCACCACAAAGAUGUUUACUCACUAGAAAAUGUCAGAAUAAGCCCUCUACUGUUCUUCAAGAAUAA